GUCACCUAUUCUGUCGGCAGGCCCCUCCGAGAGGACCUCUGCGUGCAUCCGGAGCAGGACAUGGAGCCAGUAAACUUUGAGGAUGUGGCAGUGAACUUCACCUCAGAAGAGUGGGCGGUGCUAGAUUCUCGUCAAAAGACGCUCUACAGAGAUGUGAUGAAGGAAACAUAUUUGAACCUGAUCUCCAUAGAAAAAGCACUAGAGGAAAAUAUUGAAGAGGACUAUAAAGAUCUCAGCAGGAAUAUGGGAAUUCAGGGGAUUGAAAAAGACCAUGGAUAUGAAUGUUAUACUGAGUGUGAUAAAAACCAGCAAUCUAUUCUAGAGACUAUGAUCAAUAAAUACAUGCCAACCAAAGUAAAAGUUCAUGAGACUUCAUUUUAUGUAAGAACCAUUAUUGGUCAUUUAUCCUUGCAUGGGCAUCUCAGAGAAAAUACUAGAGGAAAACCACCACUGUUUAAGGGAGUUGUGGCAAAAGCUGUUACACAUCAGAAACAUUGGAAAGAUAGCAGUUAUUCUGAAUCUCUUCAGGUACUUGAAACUUCUCCUAAAGAGAAACCCUGUAAAAUUCAACAAUGUAAUGAAGCCUGUAGGAGUCUCUGUUUUGAUCAGCCUCAGGAGAGAACUCAUACUGAAAAUAAACUCAAUGAGAAUGUUUUAAUGAGGUGUACAUAUGACCAGAAUGAUGAAGGAACACAUAAAGAAAUGAAACAAUUCGUAUGUAAUCUCUGUGAAGAAUCUUUCAUUGAUUCUAGCGAUCUUACCAACCAUGAAAAAAGUCAUAUUGAAAAGAAAUGGUACAUUUGUAGGGAAUGUGGCAAAACAUUUAAAUAUGCAGCAUGUUUUGAGAAACAUAAAGUAACUCACAUAGGAGAGAAGCCAUAUACUUCUAUGCAUUAUGGAAAAGCCUUCACCAAAUUCAGUCAUCAUAAUAGUCAUGAAAGCAGUUACAUUGGACAAAAGCCUUAUGCCUGCAAGCAUUGUGGAAAAAGUUUCACCAGUUCUUCUUAUCGAAACAUUCAUGAAAGAAUUCACACUGGAGAGAAAUCUUAUGCAUGUAAGCAUUGUGGAAAAGCCUUCAACCACCCCAGUAGUCGUAACAGACACGAAAGGAGCCACAUUGCAAAGAAACCUUAUGCCUGCAGUCAUUGUGGAAAAAUGUUUACAAGUUCUACUUAUCGAAACAUUCAUGAAAGAAUGCACACUGUAGAGAAACCUUAUGCAUGUAAGCAUUGUGGGAAAGCCUUCACCAAUUCCAAUGCUUGUAGCAUUCAUGAAAGAAUGCACACAGCAGAGAGGCAUUAUACAUGCAAGUAUUGUGGAAAAACCUUUUCCUGUCCCAGUCUUCUGAAUACCCAUGAGAUAAUUCACACUGGAAAAAAGCCUUAUGUAUGUAAGUAUUGUGGAAAAGCCUUCAACCACCCUAGUAGUCGAAACAGACAUGAAAGAAGCCACACUGCAGAGAAAAUUUAUGCCUGCAAGCAUUGUGGAAAAAAGUUUACCAGUUCUACUUAUCAAAACAUUCACGAAAGAAUUCACACUGGAGAAAAACCUUAUGCAUGUAAGCAUUGUGGAAAAGCAUUCACCAAUUCUAAUACUUGUAGUAUUCAUGAAAGAAUGCACACGGCAGAGAGGCAUUAUACAUGCAAGUAUUGUGGAAAAGCCUUUUCCUGUCCCAGUCUUCUGAAUACACAUGAAAUAAUUCACACUGGAGAAAAGCCUUAUGCAUGUAAGCAUUGUGGAACAGCCUUCAACAAUCCCAGUAGUCGUAACAGGCACGAAAGGAGCCACACUGCAGAGAAGCCUUAUGCCUGCAAGCAUUGUGGGAAAAAGUUCACCAGUUCUACUUAUCGAAAGAUUCAUGAAAGAAUUCACACUGGAGAAAAACCUUAUGCAUGUAAGCAUUGUGGAAAAGCCUUCACCAGUUCCAAUGCUUGUAGAAUUCAUGAAAGAAUGCACAGGAUUGAGAGUCAAUAUACAUGCACACAUUGUGGAAAAGCCUUUUCUUGUCUCAGUCUUCUUAAUAUUCAUGAACUAAUUCACACUGGAAAAAAGCCUUAUGCAUGUAAGCAUUGUGGAAAAGCCUUCAACCACCCCAGUAGUCGUAGCAGACAUGAAAGAAGCCACUCUGCAGAGAAACCUUAUGCAUGAGCCAUUGUGGAAAAGCCUUCCAACCCCAGUAGGUGUAACAGACAUGAAAGGAGCCACACUACAGAGAAGCAUUAGACUUAAAUAUGCAUGCAUUGUGGGAAAACCGUUUUCUGGCGUGGUCAUCUGAACAUCCAUGAAAUAAUUCGCACUGGAGAAAAAAGCCUUAUGUAAGUAGGCAUUGUGGAAAUUCAUUCAACAACCCCAGUAGUUAUAACAGACAUGGCAGGAGUCACACUGCAUAGAAACCUUAUUCAUAUAGGUAUUGUGAAAAAGCCUUCAUCAAUUUCACUUCCUGUAACUCAUGAAAAGGGUUCACAUUAAAGAGAAGUCUUAUACAUUUAAGCAUUGUGGAAAAGCAUUUGUCCACUCCAGUCAGCUGAUCAUGCAUGAAAGGGUUCAAAUUGGAGAGAAGGCUUUUGCACGUAUACAUUACAGGAAAACUUUGAACAUUUCAACUUGUCCUGAUUUGCGUGAAAAAAAAAACAGUGAAACUUGAGGAAAAGCCCUGUGUGUGUAAAAGAUGUAGAAACUGUUCAUUCUAUUGACCUUAACAGGCAUAAAAUAGUGCACUUAAAAUUAAAGCUUUAUGCACAUAAGAAUUGUGGAAAAGCCUUCAGCUGCUCUUGUGAUCUAACAGAUCUGAAACUCUUAACACUAGUCAGUAGCUUAAUGCAGGUAACCAUUGUCAGAAAGCCCUUACUAGAUUCACUUGGUCCAAGAGUAUAAACAUUUCACUGGAUAGAAACCUUUUGUAUGUACACUUGGUAUAUGAACUGUUUCUUUGUUCUUGUGAUUUUUAACAAGCAUAAAGAUCUCACACAGUGUCUGUAAUGUGGGAAAGUCUUCAGCACAUCCAGUUUCUGUAACCCACAUGCACAGGUUUACAGUGGAAAGAAUUCUAAUCCAAUUUAAGUCUUGCUGAAAGCCUUCAGAGUUCCUGCUGCCAUUCUAAAGAAUUCACUCUGGAGACAGACUUUACAUGUAUGACCAUGUGGAAAAUCUUUUAGCAUCCACUGUUCCUACUAUACUCAAUAAAAUUUUCACUUGUGAGAACCUUUAUGUUUAGAAUAAAUGUGGGAAAAUAGUCAAAGGGUUUAGAAUGAAUAAAACUUAAAAGUGUUUGUCCUCUUUGGUAGCGUGUUCCAGAAUUUCUGUGUUUUACAUCAGCUAGUCAUGAUUCUUCCCAGUAAAUAUGAUUAUCUGCAUUGCCUCCCUGGAUCGAUUCUGAAGCUGUCUUCUAACAAUCACAUGUACACUUCCUAUUGAAUACACUCCCACACACACACAUACACACACGUGUGCGCACACACAAACACAGUGAGAGAGACACACACAAAUGAGUAAAAAAUAACAUUCAUAGAGGUGGAGAUGCAAUUAACAAAUACAAAAUUCUAAUGUGGAACAAAAGAGAUUAUGACAGAUAUUCACCAAAAGCCCAUAGCUCUUAAUCAUCCUCACACAUAUCUACCAAUGAGAACAAAGUUUCAAAAUACCAACUGGGCCAUUUUCAAGUGAACCUCUACUGCAAUUGUUUUCAAAGCUACUACACUAGCAAUAAUUAUAAAAAAAGAAAAAAAUGACAGGAAUUAUACUAUAAGUGGUUUUCAUUUUAUAUAUACUAAAUAUUAGGAGUUAAAUUACAAAUUUACACAUUUCAUAAUCUCUUUUGUGCACGUGUCCUCCAAAAUACCCAUUUACUUUCAGCCCGCAUUUGGUGAGUUACAUUGUAAUUUUGCACAUCUUGCACACAACUUAUGAUUCUUUUCUUGCCCCAGGGUCAUGUACAUACACAUGGCAAACAAACACAUGUACAUACAUAAAAACACACAACUCUUACACUCACACUACAUAAAAAUGAGUAGUUUAAAAACUUUUCAUAUGUGUUUUCUCUUUGGAUGUCUUCACAAAUCUAUAUAGAGAGGGGUGAUUUAUUCUUCUAAUAUUCAUUCUAGUGUUUGAAAAUACAUAUUUUUCUUGACUGGUUGUUAUUGUGGUUUAUUGCUGGUAAAACUACUGCUGGUAAUAAUUGAGUGGUUUUUUUUUUCCCUACCAGGUAGUAAAGUAAGGGCUUUUACUUUGGAGCUACUUAUUAAAAAGAAAAAUUUUAGCUAAGUUACAACUUGAUUUCUCAAUGUACUGUUUACAAACCAUAUGUUUCCUUUAGAAAAAGCUUUGUGAUGGGCAACAAUGAAUAUUGGCAAUAACCUGCAGUUUGAGGGAGGGAGAUCUUAGUUACUCCUUGGCCAGGAAAUAGAAGGAAAGUGUCCCAACCUUGGGACUAAUUCCUCAUUAGUAACCAAUGGCACUUGGGGCAGCAGUGAUCACCAAUGGAGAAAUAUCCAUUGACUCAUCUAUAUUUUUAACUAUGGUUUCAAACUAGCUUUCUCUGUGACAUGGAUGUUGUAAUUUUUUACCACAUACACACACUGUAUUCUUCAAAUCUUAAAACUGCCCUCUUUGCUUAUACCUUUUAACCCACUGUUAUACUCUCCCAGUAUUUUUGUGAUGUGUUCUAACAAACUCUUCUUCCCUCUAAUUACCCCCAUCUUUAUGGUCUUCCCUAUACACAUGGUUAACUAUGCAUGAAAAUGUGGUAGCUAGGAUCUGCAUACAAGAAAAACACUAAGCAUUUUUCUUUCUGUGUCAGGUUCACUCACCCAUGAUAUUUUCCAAAACCCAUCCAACUGCCCUCAAAUUCAAUAACUUCAAUGCUUAUAACCAUGUAGCAAUUUUUCACUAUAUAUAUUUACCACAUUUUCUGUAUCUACACAUAGUAUUUCUCACACCUGUGUUGUGAAAAAAAUGAGGAUAGCAUUACUACGCAUUCAAUUUUCACUGUUGAAAACUGGAAGAUGUGCCUUUGUUAUUGUCCUAUUAAGGUGAAUUAGAAAAAGCACAACAUGUUUGAGAUUUAUCUGGGACAAAUUAGUACUCCCUAUUUGGGGGGGGGCAAUAAAAUGCUGAUUAUGUUUCUAUAAGAAUUUAUAAUUACAAAUCAAAAGAAAUUCCCACUCUGGGUACACAGUCACAAAAUGUUCUAUAAUCUGUUACUUUGGGGUAUGCUCUACGAAGAAAUUAAAAAUAUCACAGGACGAGAGAGGGGAAACUAAUUAGCACUGUGACUUCUGCGCCUCCUCAGGAAAUGUUUGUCAUUAUGUGUGCUGGCAUCAGAAAACAUUUCUCUCACAAGACUGACAAAGUUUCAACUUUGCAUCCAGUAUAGACACUGGGAUAUUAUACACAUAGAUAGUCAUCUGUGUGUGCUUUGGACAAACAGGUGAUUUUUAAGCACAAUGGAUUUUCAAACCACCCAAUGUCCUAAUGGUUUCCAUACAUAUUUGACCACCACCACCAACUGCAAGGGUUGUGUGUUGCCUAACUGAUGAUGAGCCUCACCAUGGUAGCUUGUUGGAAGUGCACAUGUAUAUGUAUCUAGUCUGGAAACUUAAUAAUCCCUCUGUGCCAUCUCUUGAUUCUUCUAAUUCAUUACCUUAUUCCACCUCUUGAAAAUUAAUCUCUAGCCAGGUUUUGUCUUGCUCAAUUUCCAUUUGUUUUGACAGGUAGGUCCAUAAAUAUCUUCAAUACCAAUAGUAAAUUAAAUUUUGAAGAUUUUUGUUUUUGAUUUGAUAUUUAGCUAAGGCUUACCUUGAAGAUGCCUCUUGCUUCAGCCUCCCAAGUGCUAAAAUGGAAGAAAUGUCUAUUCACAGUCAUGUGGAAAUGAUAAUUUUCACUUUGUCUAAGAAUUUCAUGUGAAGAUACUACAGAACAGUGAACUUACUAAGAACAUAAGUGUGGAGAUGUGUCAGCAGUAUAGAGCUCUUGUGUUCUUGUGGAUGAACAGAGUUCUUUUCCCAGCAGCCAUGUUGAGUGGCAGGCACACACACACACACACACACACACACACACACAGAGAGAGAGAGAGAGAGACAGAGAGACAGAGAGUUAUAAAUGUUUAAAAAGAAUGCAGUCUAAUUCCUAUGGUUUCUUUAUGUUAGAAAGUCCCAUUGCUUUACUUCUACUGAUAUCCUUUUUGUUGCAUAAUCAAUGGCAGAGAGGCAAACGAUCAUGUGUGAGAGGAAAUGAUCAAGAGACUCUAACUCUUCUGUGAGCCAACUGUAGGGAUAAUUCAGGCCUUUCCUUUAAUAUUGUGAGAGGUGAAGGGAAGGAGAGAUAGUGGGAGACGAAGAGAAAGAGUGUCAAUGUAAAUUUAGGCAUAUGUGUCCCAUAUCGUAUAUAUGGUGGUCACAAGACAACAGAGCAGACCUGUAUUGUAGACUAGUCUUUGAUAAUGGCAGUGUGGUGCAAAUGAGUACUGAAUUUGUUAACAAUGUCAUCUCUAUGCUUUCAAAAUAAUUUGUUGCAAACUCAGUUGGUAUUGUAAAAUUAAAUGAACUUGAGAAAAUGAA